ACCACCACCGCUGCCACUACCACCGCCACCUGUACCUUCACCUCCACCUUCACCUCCUUCUUCUGCUCUAUGUUCUAUUCCUCCUCCUCUUCCUCCUCCUCCUCCUCCUCCUCCUCCUGCUGUUUUCUCUUCUGCUUCGUAACCCUCUUCCUCCUCCUUGUCUUCCUUUUUUCCUUUCUCUUCUUACCUCUCUUUCCCUUUCGAAUUCUAACAAGUAUUAGUAGUUCACAGUAACGUUUCAACUUUCUUGCAAAACAUGGAACGAACGUAAUACACCAACUUUUUUUUCACGUAUAAAUUUUCUACUUUUGUUUCCCGUUGUUUUACAUAUCGUGCAUGUACUUAAGAAUUCAUUCUGUACAGAAAGUUUAAUCGACGAGAGCUCGAGUUUGCUUUCUUCUUCUCCUGUUUUUCUUUUUCUUUCCUUUCCCUUUUCGGGGAACAGUAGAAAAUACAGAAAUACAGGACAAGAUCACGCAACGGAUGUAAAAUCUUUUUCUCUGGCGUGUGGCGUGUAGAAAUUAUACGGGAAAACUGAUAACCGAUGGACGAAAACAAACAAGUACGAAGAAGAAAUAUGACAAGCAAAAUUAACGGUAAAUUUCGCAUAAAUGGAACACUGUAAAAGAGAGGGGAAAAUACAAUAACGUCCGAAACGUAACGACACGCGGCACCAAUUUGUCAGGUUCAGAGCAAAGAGCAAAGCAUCGGUGAUAGAGUAGCCAAUCACAGUGAAUACUGACUCGGAAUCGGACUGGUUGUGUAGGGCUGCGAAGCACGCACACGCUUUGCCAUCCUUUUCUAUUGCGGUCGAGCCCCUCUGUAGGUACGACUGCCACUUAACGCGAAUGGACGGUUAAAAGACCCUCCUGUGCGAGUCAAGCGGCCACUCGAAACAACUACGAUCAGCCUAGGUUCCUCUUACGCGCACCCGUUCAUUGCUAACCCCCUCCUCUGAUCCUACUUCACUUCCCUUCCCCUUUCCUCCCUUUCGCUGUCUUUCAGUUGUACCUCUGCACGCGCGUGCUCGUGUUCUCUCGCGGCGAACCGUAUCGCGAGUCACAACGGAAUGGUUAUACUCCAUUUACUCGUACGUAAAGUAUCAUGCGGUCCGAAAACAGAAUUCAUCCGAAUUUUUCUAUUCCGAUUCCCUAACACCGUGCCGUUCCGUUCUUGCCGUUUCUUCCAACGAAAUUCCAAACUUGGAUCUUCCAAAUACGGCUAUACGAAUCAACCUUUCUCUCCAUCGUCGAAGAAUGAAAUUCCGAAUCGCGUGUGAUCAUCCAUCUUCUAUCAUGCAAGCUUUGAAAUAAUCGAUCAACGUUUGGGACGGUCGUUAGACUCCUCCUCCAUUCCAUAUUUACCAUCAGGCUUUUUAUAGGAUUCCUUCUCUUCGCUAAAGGACAAACAGUUACGGAAGAAGCGUGGAACAAGGAGAUAUCGACGAUGUACGUGGCGGAAAAUGUUCUCGUAUCAUACGCUUCCUUGACGGAAGGGACAACGGCUUUACAUGGUUAUUCUGGCGUCUUAGUCGCAGAACAUUGGGUACUAGCACACGGUUCCAUGCUGGCUCCAGUUUUAUCUCGAUCCCGGGAUUUCCUUCGUUUCUUUACAGUUUUAAAUUCCGGAGAUUUAACUAUGGCUCAAGCAUCGGAACAGUUGUUCGAUGAUUUAACGUUUCAGAUACAUCGUAAUCAUUCGUUAAAGGAAUCAGGAAAGUUAGUAGCUGUUUGGAAAUGUCCCCUUUUGGAGGAAACGCUGGAGAUGUCUUUGAAAAAUUUUACCUUCGAGGAACAACACGACUUUGGUCGUCUUUUAUUACCUGUCUUCUUGAUGAUCAAAUGCAAAUCGUUGGAAUCGAGCGACGAAACAAUAGGACGAGAAAAAGACUCGACGUUCGUAGAAAGUAAGCAGCUGGGCGGAGAAUCAGAAGUAACGGAUGAAGCGAAAGUUAAACAAGUUUUACUUCAACUCGCGAAACAAGCUACUGUCGGCAAAAUUACAAAAGGAGCUAUCGUUGAAUUAGUCUCGACGCCAUUCGGAAAUGCAUUUUUUAUCGACUCCGUGAGUCGCGGAAUUAUUGGAAACUUACUUGGAACCAACCAGUGUCUUAUCGUAAUCGACGCGACUAGUUUCCCCGGAUGUGAAGGUAGUCCUGUAUUUUUAAUCAACGAUUGUGGUCGAAGAAAUAUUUGCGGCAUGGUAAUUGCGUCAUUAAGCCGGUACCGCGGAGAAUGGGUAAAUUGUACUUUCGCUGUGAACCUGUUAUCAUUGUUGAAACGAAUUCUCCAAAGUCGUAUCUCGAAAGACGAUUCUCGAUGCAAGAUUUUACCUUUCACAUGGCGCGGUCUGCCCGAAAUUGACACCCUUGAAAAAAGUAUAGCGAUCGUAAAGUGUGGACCGAACUGGGGCACCGCUACUUUAGUAGACGAACAAAGCGGAACAUUCAUAACGUGCGCACAUGUCGUUACAAUGGCACCAGAAAGAAGGAUUAAACUUGCAACCUGCAUUAUGUCGCGCACGGAUAAGUUCGAAUGGUUUGCAGAAGCAAAUUUGAUAUAUAAAACACCUACAGAACGACCUUAUGAUAUUGCUGUAUUGAAGAUCGAUGUAAAGUUCAAAGAACCUUCGAUGAAGGCUAUCGAACUAGCUGAUACAGAUGCGCAGAAGGGGGAAGAAAUACUUUCUAUAGGAUUUCCAAUCUCCUUGAAAGGACGGGCCACCAUCAGCAGCGGAAUAAUAUCAAAAACCUGGCGACACAUGUUUCAAACCGAUUGUUGCGUACACGGUGGCGUUAGCGGUGGACCCAUUGUUCGACGCGCCAAUUUUAAAAUGUUGGGGAUAGUGGUUUGCAGCGUUGCUUUAUCGAACGAUUCUGUUUUAUAUCCACGAUUGUGCAUGGCAAUACCGACUACUGUUUUUAAGAAACCACUGGAUGAUUAUCUACGAACUGCUGAUCCUAAAGCGUUAGAAGGAUUGACCCAAUAUGAUAAGAGAGUUGCAAGCACUUGGAAUUUUGCUCCUUUUCUUACCUCAAAUAUGUAAUAUAUAAACUGUGUUAAACAAAGUAAAUAUAAUACAUCGAAGAAAACAAGGCCUUUAUUCGUUCGACGAUCGAUUUCAACAGACUAAAAUCAACUUGAUGCAAUUUUAUAAUGUGCUACUUAAGGAAAUUCAAAAGUUUCGAUAUAGCGUAUAUAUCGUUAUGCAGGAUCUAUUUCUCUAGAUAAAAACACCAACUAAAUAUAAGUAAAAUACUUUAUCGGAAUAAAUUUAAUGUAUAUUUUGUAUAUUUUCAUGAUAUAUGUUAAAUGUUGUUAAAUGUCGAAUAGAACAUUAAGCAUUUAAUUUCUAUAAAUUCCAUUCGUUGAUUUACGUAGAACAAUUGUAGUAUCUUAUUUUGUUUAUAUCAGAAGAUACGAAAAAUAAAAGAACAUAUUACAAGAUAA